UUCACAUGUUCGUAGAUUAUAAAGAAUAAACACAAAAAUUUUAAUUACUUUGUUUGAAAUGCAAAAUUUUUAGUGUUUUUUUCCCAAGAAGCUUGUAAGGUGAGUGUGACCAACGAGUUUCAAUGCAUUAUGUACUUGUUCGGAUAUGAUUGUCGGUUUAACAGCCGUGCCGCAGGAGAGUUGUUGUUUAUUAUAUUCCUCAGCGAUUGCUGUUCGCUUGCUUCAAGUGAGGCCGGCUCUAAAAUCAUAGAAGGCAGAUACGCAAGACGUGGCGAAUUUCCAGCCACGGUUGUUUUCGAGGGCGCGAAGAAAUGCGGAGGUACGCUCGUGACAUUGAGCAAGGUCCUUACAGCGGGUCGCUGUUUUUUUGCAGACGAUAAACCUGUGGAGGCGAAGAGUAUCAAAGUGACUGGAGGCAUCUUGAACCUGAAGGAGAAUUCAAACGAAAAACAGCAGUCGCUCUUAAAAUCAUACCAGGUUCACGAAAAAUACAAAAGUGCCCCAACUGAUCAAAUCCCUUACAUCUUUUUCGACAUUGCAUUGGCGGUUUUGGAAACUCCGUUCGUCAAAACGGAUACGGUCCAACCAGCGGUUUUCCCGGCAAAGGAUCCAGGAGGGAUGAGGAAAAUCCUAGACAAAAUCUUAGCUGAAAAUAAGACUUGCCAAGCCACAGGAUACGGCGCUACUAAAGAAGGCGGUACAGACGUCGAUACUUUGAAAGUAGCCAAAGUGUACCUCGUUGAUUCGACGGCGUGCAGGUUGAGAGAGGAGUCGCUGGCAUACGAAGUAUGUACAACUCCUACUAAUGGACAAGAUAGAACCGCCCCAGGGGAUACUGGAUCGACGUUCUUGUGUGACGGGUACAUCCUAGGCAUGAACAAAGGUCGAAACAAAAUGACUAGAAAUGGGGUGGAGUACCAUUUUAUGAUAUGCACGCUAAUCGGUCCUUUCAUGGAUUAUUUCAAGCUUGGGAUUGAUGAAGGACAAACAUCUCAAUUGCACCCUGCUGUCUUCCUCUUUUUGCUCAUCAUCUCAUUCCAUGAAGUUGACGCAUUAUUCUUGUCGACAACCAUCGCCGUUUUGCCGAAACUGUCCAGUUCAGAGAAUUUUUCCAACAAGAGCAAGACGAGAGGAACGAAACCUAUCACCAACAGCAGUAACCGCACGAAAACCACACUACCGGCGUUCCUCGAAGCAAGUUCCAAAAUCGCACACCUUUAAUAAAAUUAUAAUAUU